CAAAAUCUUCCCCCUCCGCCGCUCCCGCUUAAAGUCCCUUCUCCACCACCCCUCGCGGUGGUUUGCCUCUCUCCUCCGAUCACUCAACCCCGCUCAUUCCCAGAUAUGGCUGCCGCAGCACCCUCCUCCGACGCCACUGGCAACGCCUCGGAUGGCCCUGUUCUCACCCUCCUCAACAAACGCCUCCGAGGCCAUCGCAAGAAACUCAACCGUAUCCUCCAGAUGGAAGAGUCUCUCUCCCAGGGAAAGCCUCUCAACAAAGAACAAGAAGAUGUCUUGCGGUCGAAGCCCGCCGUCACCGCCCUUAUCGACGAGCUCGAGAAGCUCCGCCAACCACUCGUCACUGCCGUCUCCGAAGAAAUCUCCCUCGCUGUUCAUCUGGACGCCGUUUCCGCUGACGAUGCGGCUGUUCAAGACCAAGGGAAAGAUACUGAGGAGAAAGAUUAUCGGCCCGAACCCGACCAUGCUAUUGAGGAUCUCCUCAAUCUGCUGUAUUUUGGGUCGUUGUUCGAUGUGAAGUCGCAGAGUGAUUUCAAUUCGACGGUGUUGACCAGGACGCACGAGAGAGGCUGCUGCUUGACCUACGACUACGUUACCGAUGACGAGACCGUCCCGUUGAGCGAGGGGGAUUUGGAUUUGAUUUCGAUGCUGAGUGGGCUCUUGAUUUCGCGCCCAGUCGACUCCAAUUUGUCUCACAAAAACGCGUUGCAGCGUUGCAUCCAGCAUGCUAAGCUAUGGCUUGCCAAUUCUGACCAGCCCAUCGAGCCCGAUGCUACUAAUGUUACUUAUGCAGGGCUGAGGGAGAGGCUCGACAAGAUUUUGGCUUCAGAUUAUUAUACAACCACCCCGGAGAUGAAGGCUGCUGUUGAAGUGGCUGCCGCGGCUGCUGCCGGAAAUUAUGCACCUUUCCAGGUUCCUGUGCCUGGUUUACCCGUCCAAGUGCCUCUUCAGGUGGAAGUUUCAGCUGGGCAGUACCUGCCAAAGGAUGAAGAUACGACAAGCUAUCAUGAACCUGAGACUGGUGAUUAUCAAUCUGGUCCUGCAGAGGACCUUCAGAAGGAUGAACUGGAGACAGAAAAUCAUGCAGAUUUUGUGCCAGCUCAACAAGAACAAGACAAACCACUGACAGAGAUGGAGCAGAAUCAGAAAGAUAUAGAGUACAAGGAACAACAGUAUGUUCCCCGAAGACCCUAUCAGAACCAAAGAGGAGGUCGUGGUGGUGGAGGUGGCCGUAGGCCAUACUCCAAUGGUCGUGGAGGUCGAGGUGGAAGGGGUGGUGGAUCGUACCAGAAUGGUCGUAGCCAAUACUACGAUCAGUCUGGAAACUAUUAUCCUAGGAACUAUCAUAACAACAGGGGAAGGGGCGGUCGAGGUGGUGGGCAUGCUUACAACCACCACGGCUCAGGAGUCCUAGGUGGUCAUGCUGCCACUGAUGUUGGUGUGGCUUCAUGACAUCCUUUACUCACGAAGUGUUUAUGAGGUGUCUGUUCGCUAGGUCAGGAGGGUGGUGACAAUGUUAUUUUUUUAUUUGCAUGAGCAUGCUUCUAUUGACAUUGUUCCAUCUCGGGCACCUUAUUUUUGCAGUUCAGCAAUGCAGUAUCUUCUUGUUUUAAACAUUGGAACAUGGUUCAGUAACAUGGUUUAACAUCGAAUUUCU